AUGGGACAGUGUUGUGAUUCAACAAGGAAUAAUAUAAUUACUCCAAUGAAUGAUAUAUGUUUGAAUUCUUCAACAAUUUCUGAUCAUUAUCAUGUAAUGAUUAGUUAUUCAUUGUCUGAUAGAUUUCUAUGUCAUCAAUUGUCAACCUGUUUGAUUAAAGAUGGUUUUCAUGUAUGGUUUGAAUCUAAUCCAAUUGAAAAUAAAUUUAAUCGUCUUAUUCAUAAGGUUAUUGAUAAUAGUGAUUGGAUAAUUGUAUGUGUUAGUAAUAGUUAUUCUCAAACUUAUCGUUGUCAAAAAGAAGUUCGUUAUGCAUCAGAUAUGAAGAAAAAUAUUCUUAUGGUGAAAGUAACAGAUGGAUAUAGAAUGAAUGAUUGGUUAAGUUUUAUUAAACCAGGAAAAUUUCAAUAUAAUCUAUCUAAGAAUAAAAUAAAUUUUAAAACAACUUAUCAAAAGAUUCUACAAGAACUUGAACGCAUUACAAAAUUACAUUCUUUUUAUUCCUAUCGAGCUUUAGAAGCAUCAAGCACAGAAUCCACAUCUCUUAGAACACAAAAAUAUCGUCUACAAAGUUCAGAAAUCUUGUUUUACAAAUUAAUUAACCGACCAUGGUGUUUGAACACAGCUAUGGCUGAAGGAUCCUAUGCUUGGAAGACUAUAGAUAGUUUUAUUGGAUUAGCAAUUCGAACUGAUGAAGAAAGGAAGCGUCGAUAUGAACUAGAUUUCGAUCUCUCACUUAUGAUUAAACGACGACAACAACUUUCAUCAUAUUUUAAUGCUAAUAGUUUAGACUAUUUUUGUAUAUUUGCUCAACGAAUGAGACAAAACAUUAUUGAUUGGCAAAAAUUUUGUGAAAAAUCAAAUAAAAUCAUCUAG